GCCCCGCGCGGCUCGGAUCCGGCGGCGCUGCUUCGGCCGGGAGUGGGUGGGGGAGAAGCCGGGGCAGGGGAGGAGCCGCCGGAGCUGUCGGAGCCGUGACACCCAGGGCAGCCUCACUCAGAAGCCACAAGGAAAGCUAGCGGAGUCCCUCAUCUUUCCAACUUCUCUUCCAAGCUGCCCCAUGGGCCUUGAUCCAGAAAGCCACUUCAGAAAGGUUGUGGGACAUGCCAUGGGAGGCAUGUUGAUGGGACAUGCGUGACAGCAGAGCAGUUAGGAUUUGUGGCCAUUUGUCCUGGGUUCCACGGAAGAAACUCGAGGGGCCCAGGCUGAGACGGGGGGGAAAUGCCCAUGUGAGCUCUAGAUGGUGUGAGACCACCCCAGAGCCAGAUGAUGGCUACAGCCUUGGAACCAGAGGACCAAGACCUGUGGGAAGAAGAGGGAAUUCUCAUGGUGAAAUUGGAAGAUGAUCCCACCUGUCGGCCAGAGUCCAUCUUAGAGAGGGAUGACCCUGUGCUCGAGACGUCACACCAGAACUUCCGAUGCUUUCGGUACCAGGAAGCAGCGAGCCCUCGAGAAGCUCUCAUCCGGCUUCGAGAACUGUGUCAUCAGUGGCUGAGGCCAGAGAGGAGGACAAAGGAGCAGAUCCUAGAGCUGCUCGUGCUGGAGCAGUUCCUGACCGUCCUGCCCGGGGAACUGCAGAGCUGGGUGCGGGGCCAGCGGCCAGAGAGUGGCGAGGAGGCCGUGACGCUGGUGGAGGGUUUGCAGAAACAACCCAGGAGACCAAGGCGGUGGGUGACUGUCCAUGUUCACGGCCAGGAAGUCCUAUCAGAGGAGACGGUGCCCCCGGGAGCGGCGCCCGAGUCAGCUAGUGGGCUCCAGGAUCCUGCACAGCCCUCGACCCCUGAGGAGCCCCACCGGGAGACCACGCGGAGCCCAGAGCCGGGGGCGCCCGAAGAGCGGAGCCAGUGCCCCGAGCCGGAGUUCCAGCCCCUGCAGGAGCGCGAGGCUCCGGUGCCACAGGACCCAGCCGUUCCUGAAGAGAGGAGCCCCGGAAGCCCAGAGAUGGUUGCCCUCCUUACAGCUCUAUCUCAGGGAUUGGUAACUUUCAAGGACGUGGCCGUGUGCAUCUCCCAGGACCAGUGGAGUGACCUGGAUCCAGCCCAGAAAGAGUUUUAUGGGGAAUAUGUCUUGGAAGAAGACUGUGGAAUUGUGGUCUCCCUGUCAUUUCCAAUCCCCAGACUGGAUGAGAUCUCCCCCGCUGGAGAGGAGGAGCCUUUGAUCCCAGACAUCGCAGAGCCUCCAGAGCCUCAAGAGCCAGAAAUCCUGAGCUUCACCUACACAGGAGACAGGAGUGAGGAUGAAGAGGAGGAUCCUGAGCAGGAGGACCCGAGUUUGGAGGACCCCCACCAGCCCACCGUGGGAGAUGCAGACGUUCACCAGGCUGCAGACUGCGAAAUAGUCUUUGAAGAUGAUCCAGACAGACUCAACGAAAGAAGACUUGACACAAAUAUUUCUCAAGCUAAUAGUUCAGCGAGCCUUCAGGAAACCAUGCCUGUCCACCCCCUGUUGGGGAGACAGCAUGACUGCCCUGUAUGUGGGAAAAGUUUCACUUGUAACUCCCACCUUGUUAGACACCUGAGGACUCACACAGGAGAGAAACCCUAUAAGUGUAUGGAAUGUGGGAAAAGUUACACACGGAGCUCACAUCUCGCCAGGCACCAAAAGGUUCACAAAGGGGGCGCUCCUUAUAAAUAUCCCCUAAACCGGAAGAAUUUAGAUGAGACCUCCCCUCUGGUCCAGGCGGAGAGAACCCCCCCUGUUGAGAAACCCUACAGAUGUGACGAUUGCGGGAAACACUUCCGCUGGACUUCAGACCUUGUCAGGCACCAGAGGACACAUACGGGAGAAAAACCCUUCUUCUGCACGAUUUGUGGCAAAAGCUUCAGCCAGAAAUCCGUGCUCACAACACACCAAAGAAUCCACCUUGGAGGCAAGCCCUACUUGUGUGGCGAGUGUGGCGAGGACUUCAGCGCGCACAGGCGGUACCUGGCUCACCGCAAGACGCACGCGGCCCAGGAGUUCUACCUGUGCAGUGAGUGCGGCCGCUGCUUCAGCCACAGCGCCGCGCUGGCCAAGCACCUGCGGGGCCACGCCUCGGUCAGGCCGUGCCGCUGCACCGAGUGUGGGAAGAGCUUCAGCCGGAGGGACCACCUCGUCAGGCAUCAGAGAACACACACGGGCGAGAAGCCCUUCACGUGCCCCACCUGUGGGAAGAGCUUCAGCAGGGGCUACCACUUAAUCAGGCAUCAGAGGACCCACUCAGGAAAGGCCUCCUAGCCGGCCCCCCUCCUGCGGACGCCUGCCUUCAGCCCUUCCCAGGGAUGGGGCGAGAGGAGCCCUCUUGUCGGCCUCGGAAGACCUUUUCUGUGGGGGUCUCCCUGCCCUGCCCAGGUCUGCGUAUCCUCUUCCCACAGCUCGGCCACCCCCCGCUCCGGGCAGGACUCCUUCCACACCUGGAGGAGAGUCUCCCCAAAGCUCGCUCGAGUUAAGGCCUCUCUCCUCGACAGGAGUGUUCCUGCCUCUGCCUCAGGGGUGUGAGGUAGGAGGCCUAGAAGGCUGAAGACGUUGUGGUUAUGAUGUUUUCCCCCAACAUGGGCUGUUCCGCAUCCUGAAGACUCCCUACAGCCUCACAUCUAGAGCGGCCCAGGACAAGCCCUCAGGUUGGGUCAGGGACAGAUCUUAAAGCACACGGCCCUGCACUCGGGGCAGGAGGUCUGCACCCCGAUGGCCCCCGCACACUCCCAGGCCAGCUGUGCGGGCCUCUUGCCGACCCGCUUCCUCACCGCAUGCUUCCCUGUGACUCCGGGAGAUGCGAGGCGUGUUCGAGGGGCGGCGUCCUCAAGGCUGCUUCACAUGGACCUUGUCAGGCCGCUCCCUUCCCCACUGUCACGGGGACACCCGGUGCCAGACACGGCUGGGAAGGAGGACCCAGUCAGCAGCCUCCUUCCUUGUGGGUUUUUUCCUGUUUGAGUGCUCAUCCCCAGCCCUCCGCCUGCUCCAGGCUCUGGGUUUUGUCCUGGCACUGCUUCUGCUCCAAGUGGGAGGUCACAUUGGGGGGCUGAGGGGUUCACUGAAUCAGAAUCAUAAUGAAAUCACUUACAUUCCCGCCUCUGCACCAGCCCCCACCCCACCCCACCCUCUUCACGUGGGUUCCUGAGAGGAUUCUGAAACAGUGUCCACUUACAGAGGCACUAUAAUAACUAUAGGUUCAUGGUUGAUGGGUCCCUUCAUUUACAUGAAGAAAACUGGAGAAGACCUGAGCUCAAAUUAUGGAAAAAUCGAGAAAAAGCUGUUGCUCCUGGCCAGAGCCGUCAAGACCGCUCUCCUGACACCUUCCCCCAUCACCCCCGCCUCACUCUGACAGCAGGGAAGCCUGGGACCCUGAAGAAUUUACCAGGAGUAAAUGGCUUUCAAGUA